UUUGAUGUGAUGGAGAUGUGAAAAUCUGAGACUCACCGGCGCACGGUCGCCGCCGUGAUGUGACGUUGACAAUACGUCACGUGACAGCUGCGCCUGAGAAGCAGGAAGUGAGAGGGCGGCGCUUAGCAAAGGGCUGCUAGGUUGACACAACAAGCAUCCACCAUGACAGCCAUAAAGCAUGCUCUCCAGAGGGACAUCUUCACACCCAACGAUGAGCGUCUCCUCGGCAUAGUCAAUGUCUGCAAGGCCGGAAAGAAAAAGAAGAACUGCUUCUUGUGUGCAACAGUUACCACAGAGAGGCCUGUUCAGGUUAAAGUGGUGAAGGUGAAAAAAUCUGACAAAGGGGACUUUUACAAGCGUCAGCAGACCUGGGAACUUCGAGAUUUGACUGAAGUCGAUGCCAAAGAUGCAAGCAAAGAAAACCCUGAAUUUGACCUUCACUUUGAGAAGGUUUACCGCUGGGUGGCCAGCAGUACGGCUGAAAAAAACUCCUUCAUCUCCUGCAUUUGGAAGCUCAACCAGCGUUAUCUGAGAAAGAAGGUGGAGUUUGUGAAUGUCAGUUCUCAGCUGCUUGAAGAACUUCCUAAAGCGGAAGAGUCUGUACCAAGCGGUGAGAUCCAGAGUGUGGCUGGCGGUGAUGAGGAUGCUCUUGAUGAAUACCAAGAGUUGAGCACCCGUGAGGAACAGGACAUUGAAAGCAUGAUGGGGAUGUGCGAGGACGCUAUCUCUAAUGCUGAGGCUUUUGCAGAGGCGCUCUCCAAGGAGCUGCAGGUUUUAGAUGGGGCCAACAUCCAGUCAAUCAUGGCAUCGGAGAAGCAGGUCAAUAUCUUGAUGCAGCUUCUGGAUGAGGCUCUGAAUGAGGUGGACACCAUCGAGGGAAAGCUGAGCAGUUACGAGGAGAUGCUUCAGAGUGUCAAAGAGCAGAUGGACCAGAUCUCACAGAGCAACCGCCUAAUUCAGAUCAGCAACACCAACAAUGGGAAACUGCUGGAUGAGAUCCAGUUCUUAGUGAACUACAUGGACCUAUCAAAAGGACAUAUCAGAGCCUUACAGGAGGGAGACCUUACCUCACCUAAAGGUAUUGAAGCCUGCAUCAAUGCCUCUGAAGCUCUUCUGCAGUGCAUGAAUGUGGCCCUCCGACCAGGCCACGACAAGCUGAUGGCUGUGAAACAGCAGCAACUCCUUUUUGCUGAGCUCAGAGACACCUUCGCUCGUCGCCUCACCAAUCACCUCAACAACGUUUUUGUUCACCAGUUCAACCACUUCAGUCACUUCAAAAUGACCAUCCCUCAGUUCUAUAGGUCCUCCUGUCUGUCACUUCCAGGCCAUGACCAGAGCUCCACCUUGUCCCAGCACACAGCAGAGCUGACCUUGCCCAAGCACAACCCCCUCCACAGGGACCUGCUACGCUACGCUAAACUCAUGGAGUGGUUAAAGAACACCCAGAGGGAAAAGUAUGAAGGGCUUUCAAGGACCUAUGUUGACUACAUGAGUAGACUAUAUGAACGAGAAAUCAAAGAGUUCUUUGAGGUUGCCAAGAUAAAGAUGGCAGGUACAAGCAAGGAAGCGAAAAGCAAGUUUGCCACGCUUCCGCGGAAAGAGAGUGCACUCAAACAAGAAACAGAGAGCCUUCACGGCAGCUCUGGGAAACUGACAGGCUCCACCUCAAGCCUCAACAAGCUCACAGUGCAGGGCUCCAACAGCAGGCGUUCUCAGUCCUCCUCACUGUUGGACAUGGGAAACAUGUCGGCCUCUGACCUGGAUGUGGCAGAUAGGACAAAGUUUGACAAGAUAUUUGAGCAGGUCCUCAGUGAGCUGGAGCCUCUGUGUCUUGCAGAACAAGAUUUCAUCAGCAAGUUCUUUAAGCUGCAGCAACACCCCACAGUUAUACCACCUCUUGCUCAACCUGAAACAGAGGAAUUAGAUGGAAGUGUGCCAUCGAGAAUGCCUUCUCAGGCUGAACAAAGACAUUCCUUGUCAUCAGAGAAGGACAUGGUGCGGCUCAUGAUGAAUAAAAUCUUCCAGUGCAUUGAGACAGAGCUCAACAGUCUCAUUGCUCUGGGUGACAAGAUUGACAGCUUCAACUCUCUCUACAUGCUGGUGAAGAUGAGUCACCAUGUGUGGACAGCUGAGAACGUUGACCCGGCCUCUUACCUCAGCACUACUUUGGGAAAUGUGCUGGUCACUGUCAAGAGGAACUUUGACAAAUGCAUUUCUGGCCAAAUUAAACAAAUGGAGGAGGUGAAGAUUUCCAAGAAAAGCAAAGUUGGCAUCUUGUCUUUUGUUACUGGAUUCGAGGAGUUUGCGGAGUUGGCUGAAACAAUCUUCCGUAGUGCCGAACGCCGAGGAGACUUAGAUAAAGCUUAUGUCAAACUCAUCAGGGCUGUUUUUAUAAAUGUGGAGAAAGUGGCAAACGAAAGCCAGAAAACACCACGGGAUGUUGUAAUGAUGGAGAAUUUUCACCACAUCUUCUCUACACUGUCACGUCUGAAGAUCUCCUGCCUGGAUGCAGAGAGACGAGAGGCCAAGCACAAGUACACGGAUCAUCUGCAGUCCUAUGUAAUCAACUCUCUGGGUCAGCCUCUAGAAAAACUGAAUCAUUUCUUCGAAGGCGUCGAGGCGCGUGUGGCCCAGGGUGUGCGUGAGGAUGAGGUGAGCUAUCAGCUGGCCUUCAACAAACAAGAGCUACGCAAGGUCAUCAAGGAGUAUCCUGGCAAAGAGGUGAAGAAGGGACUCGACAACCUUUACAAGAAGGUUGAUAAACACCUGUGUGAGGAGGAAAGUCUGCUGCAGGUGGUGUGGCACUCCAUGCAAGACGAGUUUAUCCGUCAGUACAAGCACUUUGAAGGGUUGAUUGGCAGGUGCUACCCUGGAUCUGGAAUCACCAUGGAGUUCACCAUCCAAGACAUGUUGGAGUAUUUCUCCAGCAUUGCUCAGUCCCACUAAUUUACCUGUGAUUAUGACUAGCAGUUCACUACUUCCUCACAUACACUAGCUGCUUGCGAAUUACCCUGCCUUUCUGCUUUGGUCAAACAUUUCCUCUAUAUGUGUGUUCGAUGAAAAGGACGUGUACGUUGCACAGCGGAUGAAGAUAUCUGCUACUACUCAGCUCUAAAAUCAUUGUAUUGUUAUAUAUUUGUUAUUACUUUAUGCCAUAUGUAUAUAAAUAAAUUCCCCUCCGUUCAGUUAA